GAAUUGCGGUAUAUAGCUGUGGAAUGUGGCCCAGUCACAAUCAGCUGAUAAUGAAAAAAUGAUUAACAAAAACACAAGAAGUUGAAAUUUGUAUGUAUAAAAUUAUAUUAUUACUGAACUACUAAUAUUUAUUAAAGAAAUCUUAAUUUUUAUAAAACAUUAUUGACGAUUAUAUUGUUAAUCAUAAGUGUUGACUAAGCUUAAUUGGAAUAUUAAAACUAUUAUAUUAUUACUAUAUUAUGCCACUAGUGUUUAAUAUAAUAUAUAGUAUUUAAGGAACCAGAAAAAUCCAUGGCUUUACCUACAGCGCAGCCUGCUGAGGUACUUCGUGCUUGGCAAAAAGACGAUUUAUAUGAAAAGAAAUUAUCUGCAUCGUUAGCGAAACUAAUUUCCUCUCAGCACGCAUCCAAAGCUAUUCCUAUUUCUUUUGUACUUUACAAAUCUUUUACAACCCUACGAGAGUUACAAACACUUGGUGAAGAAUAUUCUGGUAUUGUGCAAGUUGAUGACUCUUAUCACAAACUACCAACAUUUUGUAACCGCCUCAUAAGUAUUUUACUCUCAGCCUUCGGUGAGAACAUUACACAAAGAUUACUUCGUAGUGUAGAAAAGCAAAUUGAAAUUAAUUCAACAUUAAGACCAGCAGCACAAAAUCUAUUUUUAGUGACUUUUAAGGCAUUGGGUAAUAUUUUACCACAAAUUGAAAGCAUACAUAGAGCAUUGUCAUACAUUAAUGGUGGUCCACUUGAAAUUGGUAAAUCCUUGACAAGAAUAAACUAUGUCCAUGUAAGACCAGCUGCAGCUGCUUAUUAUGCGCAUCUGAGGCUAUUAGGCAUAGUUACACUAUUGCAUGCAGUUAUAAGUUGUGGCCAGAACCUAUACCAGGCCAAGAAACACCUUGAGCAGAUGGCUGAUUUUCCAAAUGAAGUGGACAAUAGUAGGUCUUGUGUGGCAUGCUUAGAAGAAAUAGUACAACCAUGUGUUUUACAAUGUGGGCAUUUUUUCUGCAUGCAAUGUUGUUAUGGUGCAUUAGAAAGUUGUGCUUUAUGUAGGACACCAUUUUCUAAAAACAGUGUUGUACCAUUAAUGAACUACUAUCCUAGUGUGAACUAGUAUACUAUUUUUUAUAGUCAAGUAUAAUCUUUUGGCAUGUGUUAGGGGUACGGACACAAUAUGUUCUCUAAUUAAGUUUAUAUACAUAAUUAUAUUGUUUAUAAAAAUUAAAAGCAUUAAGAACUUCUGA